CAUUAAUCGAUAAUUAACCAUGUCGACUACAUCCCUCACCAUAUUCAUCCUUGCUCAUAUGUGGCUUUUGAUGGCGACAACAUCAAUGGCUCAGUUUGUCAUCGACACAAGUGGCGAACCUGUUGAAGAUGAUGAGGAAUAUUUCAUCAGACCUGCUAUCACAGGCAAUGGAGGAGGAGCCACUUUAGUUACCGGAAAUGCACCAUGCCCUCUAAAUGUUGGUCUUGGCAAUGCUGAGUUGGCACACGGUUUGCCUGUGGUAUUAGUUCCAUUUUCUCAUCAUGAUGACGAUGAAGUGAGGCUUAACAGAGACUUGAGAAUAGCCUUUGUGGCUUCUUCAAGUUGUGCACAAUCAACACAGUGGUUAUUGGGUGAGAAGGAUGCUACGAGUGGAAGGAGACUAAUUAUCACCGGAACAGAUAGUGCAUUUGGAGCACCUGGUAAUUUCUUUAGAAUUGUGCAGACACAAACAAUUGGUGUCUAUAACAUCCAAUGGUGCCCUACAGAGGUGUGCUCAACUUGUAAAUUUGAAUGUGGGACUGUCGGCGUUAUUCGUCAGAAUGGGAAGAUUCAGUUGGCCCUUGAUGGUGGUGCCCUUCCAAUUGUAUUCCAGAAAGAAUAA